CAGAAACGUCAGUCUAGUUGGACCGAUAAUGAUUAUUCGUGGUUACAUUACAAGAAUGGUUUCGGCACUAUGUGUGAUUUCUGGCUAGGGAACGAACUAAUCCAUCAGAUAACGGCAUCUGGAGAGUACAGCCUUCGACUGGAUAUGACUACGACAAAUGGUGACGUUUACUUUGCAACAUACUCAUCGUUUACCGUCAAUGGAGAGAGUGACAAGUACAUAUUGGAACUUGGAACUCUAAUAGACGGCAAUGCUGGGGAUGUACUUUCACUUGCACGUGGUAGAGAUUUCUCAACCUACGAUAGAGACAAUGAUGAUCAUAAUACUAAGAAUUGCGCUAUGGAUUCUGGUGGUUGGUGGUAUUCAGACUGCUUUAAAUGCUCGUUAAAUGGCUUUUUAUUAGCCUUCAAGUGCGCAAUUAAUGAUGCGUAUCCCAAGCUGCCGUUGAGUCAUUCGGAGAUGAAGAUGAAGAGGCAGUAAGUCGUUUUCUCUUUUGAGGAAACUUGUAAUAAAAACAAAUUGUAGAAUUUUCAAGUGAGUUUAACAAUUAGUGUUUAAGAUGAAGUACUCAUGGAAAUUAUGUUUAACGAUAUAGCUCUAUUAUAUUUAUUAUUUGUAAUGUUAAUGUGGUGAAGACUAUUAUAUUGAAUAGAAACAAAUCGAGUACAUUAUACAAUUAGCAAGUCAGACCUUAGAUUAAUCAACGGCUAUAUACUAUAAUAGAAUACACAAUAGAAUAUUUUUCUAUUGUGAAACUGAUAAUUAUUCAUAUAAUAUAUUAUAUAUAUAUAUAUUAUAUAUAUAUAUAUAUAUAUAUAUAUUAAUAUUAUAUGUAGUGUUGUCUAAAAGAAAUAGGAUGUUAGGCUUAAUUUAUAGAACAUGUUUUAAAUCUUAUGACCAGAUAUCGACACUAAAAAUGUUAAAUUUUGCACUGGAGAACUCAAAUCUUGAAUUUCGUGGUCACGUUUGCUCUCCUUCAAAAAUAGAUGAAAUAAAAAUUAAUCUAAUAAAUACAAAGACGGGCUACGAAAAAUGAUAUGUAGGCCCUGACCUGAUGAAAUCCGAACUGCCUAUCCCGCCAGGACUAGAAAACUGAAGGAAUAUAAGUGAUCCUACUCUUUUUUACAUGAUAUGGGAAAGAAUAGGCCUAAUUUAUUUUGAUAUUAAUACUUGUUUCUCGUCUUAUUCACCGUUUAAAUGCAUACCGCGUCACUCAAGCCGCCAAUAACUUGGCUAAUCUAUACCAAACUCGCGCAUAAAUAAAUUAAA